AUGGACAAUACUUUCACUCUCACCGCCUUCCCAGGUGCCGACCUCAAGCUUUGGCUGGUGGGUACAUUCGUGGGUGCUGUCGCUUACGGCAUUGUUGUCGUCCUGUCUCUUGGAUGUGCUAUCAAGUACCUACAAUUCUUGAGGAUGGUGAAGCUAAAUCAUCAUUUGAAGGGAAUCAAGAACAGCAGAUUGUUUGGCCACUUGCUCUUCCCAUAUGUCACCAUGAUGUUCCUUGUUAGCACCUUGGCCGUUCUUUCUGGCUGCAUAGCUAUCAUAAACAUGCUCUUCCCAGCUCCGGCUGGUACAAGAGGUGUCGUUGCUCGGUUUGUGGCCUUUGGAGAUGUGGUACCUCUUGUCCUUGCUGCAUGGGGGGCUGAUGCAUUGAUGAUCUGGCGAUGCGUGGUGCUAUAUGAAGACACUGCUCACAUACCCCGGUCAUUGAUCCAUGUCCUCCUAUGCAUUCUUGCACUAGGAUCGCUAGGGCUAGGACCGGCGUACAUGGUGACGACUUUGGCCGUCCUCAACAGACUCAUGGUCGCCUUCGCUUUGAUGACUGCCAUAUUCAAUUUCUUUAUGACGACUCUCAUCGUCUUGCGACUUCGGCCCCACCAACAAUUUAUUCAACAGGCCCUCGGAGAAGAAUAUGGCUCUCCUUAUGCAAGAUUAAUUACUAUGUGCGUCGAGUCUGCCGCAUUAACCGUCAUCUUCAACGUUGCACACGUGUUUAUGCAAUUCAACCUCAACGUUGGCCUCGUCUUGUCGCAUCAACUUCUUGUUCAUGUCUACGCUAUUUCUGCAUUAUUGAUCGUCUUUGCGUUCUCUCUGGAAGGACUCGUGAUUCGGAAGCGGUUCAACGCGACACUCAACAUUCACGAAUCUCGGCCUCCUUACAGUUUACCCCCCCAGUCAAGUGAAACAUGCUCUGGUAGUGAUGUUUAUCCACGAUGA